AGUACUACAGGAAUACCUGCUGUCUCUAGCGGUAGUCCUGGUACAACAGUUCUUGGAACGCGAACUGCUAGUAGUACUUCGAGCGCACCGGGCAGUGUUGGCACGACAUCGUUUUGGACUGGUGUGACUGGAAAAGGGGAAACGUCAACUGUUAGUGGCGCUGCGUCUACAUUUACAGGAACUACUGAGCGGAUUGUAACAACCAUCACUACUCCAUGUUAUUCAGAAGAUAUUAUGUAUCAUGAUGAUGUUGUUUUAUCAAUUAAACAAAUUGAAACAAAACUUACUAUGUCCAGACUUUCAUUACGUUCUGAUACAACUGGUGUUACAUUUCCAAAUACUCAACAACCAACACUUUCGGUUAAACUAAAUCAUACACUUGUUUCACAGAUUAUCUCGGUCGCAGUACCAAAUAAUCGUGGUGCAACAAACGUAAAUCAAAUUGAAUUAACAUUCUUUGGUACAGAUGGUCAGGUUCUUCGAAAUUCACUGGGUGCAAAAUGGGUUGUUGAAACAACUCCUGGUGUUACAAUAUUAGAACAACUCGUACCCAAAGUACCUGUUGGAGCAUUUGAGAUUAAAUUAAUCAAUACAACUGAUGGAAAUACACCUAGAAAUGUUACUCUGGAAGUUAUUGGAUGUGUUCAUGCAUAUUAUACUACAUCGAGUAUUCAAACGAGUAGUACUAGUUUGUUAACUACAAAAAGUACUGGUAUAAGUCGUACUACUUUAUCAACAUCAACUUCUACUCGAGCUGGUACUUGUGCGAAAGUUCAAACAAUGAAUCCUAAUAUAGGUGUUAUUGGUAACAUAUUUACUUAUCCAUCAUCAUUGAAUGCUAACGUAAACAAUCUUGCACCUGGUCGAAAUGGUCUUGAUUUUCCGAAAACAGAAUUGCGUCCAAAUAUAACUAUAUUAUUUAAUCGUGUUGGAAGUAUAUCUUUUGUUCAAAUUCCACCUGAAAGUCAAUCAAAUGUACAACAAAUAUUCGUGGAAUUUUUCAAUCCAUUAGGACGUCUAAUUACUUCAUAUACAUCAUCAGAUAAUAUACCGCGACUUGCUAAAGAUUUAGACGUUAAUGAUGUGUUAAAAGUUGUUGUCCAUCUUAUUGCAACAUCAGAUAGACAGAGUCCGAAAAAUGUUACUCUUGAUGUGGUUGGAUGUUUCUUUGAAGUUACUCCGUUAUCAACAACGACUAUAUCUACCUAUACAACAAGUGAAAAAUGUCUAAUAACAGAUGGUAUGACUGAUGUAAACAUACUUCCGAAUAAAAACAUUGUCAACAGCAAAGAUGUAUCAAUUGGUGAUCGAAUACGUUUAACCGAAACGAGUCCAGGUUACACACCAACAUUAACAGAUGAUAAAGUAACAAUAACACUAACAAAGGAUACAUCUCCAAUAGCUAUUGGUGAAAUAAUAAUAACAGCAAAAAAUUUUCUCUCAGCUACAUUAUCAAGAAAAACAAAAGAUGAAAACGUAUGGGAACCAUUUGCAACAUUAACAAGUAAUAGAACAACAUUUGAUAAUUUAUAUGCUACUGAAUUACAAUUUCAAUUUACACGUGAUACAAAAUCUAUUAAGUUAGGUAUUAUUGGAUGCUUUCCACCAUCAGUAACAACAAUUUCAACAUCAAUUACAACACCAUAUACAAAAGUUUCGUCGACUAGUACAACUUUACCUUGUAUUCUUAGUGAAUGGGGACCUUGGUCAAUAUGCUCACCUGAAUGUCAACCUAAUCGUUAUCAAUAUCGAUCACGUUCAGUCUUAAAUGGUACAACAUGUUCGAAGCCAUUGAAUGAAUCACGUUCAUGUGAUCAAACACCUUGUGAACAAUGUACAAUGACACGUGAAAAUUAUAUUAAACAAUUAGAACAUGCACCACCACGUGAUUAUUUUGUUGGAUAUUUAACUAAUUCAACAACAGCUGUUCAUACAAACUCAUCAGUUUAUAUUGGCGAUAUACUUGAUCGUAACACAUCUAUAUUUGUUGAUAAUUGUACACAACUUAUGUGUAAAUCAGAAGGAUUGACGAAACAAAAAAUUCCAUGUCAAGAUGAUUGUAAAUAUACUUCACAGUGUGAAUGGAGUAAAUGUGAUGCUUUAUGUGGUCAACCUGGUAAUCGAACACGUAAAAAAAGUUUAAUCAUAAAACCUUCAUCAACACCAAAUCCAUUAUGUGUAAGAGAAAUAAUUGAAACAUUACCAUGUGUGGGUGAUCCAUGUCCAUGUAAAAAAGGUAUCAAUUGUACAUGUGAUUUAACCGAAUGGAGUGAAUGGUCAACAUGUUCUUUACCAUGUGGCGGUGGUCAACGAGAACGUACACGUCAAUAUAAAACAAAUUCACCUGACAAAUGUCCACCAAAUAACUUACGUGAAAUACAACCAUGUAAUAUAGAAUGUUGUCCAGUUGAUGGAAAAUAUACACCUUGGUCUGAAUGGUCACCAUGUACAGUAGAAUGUGGUUCAGGCAUACGUAAACGAAGUCGAACAUGUACGGAUCCCUCACCAUCGUGUAAAGGUAAACUAUGUGAAGGACCUUCAAUAGAUACAGAAGUUUGCAAUACAAAACCAUGUAAUGAAACUUGUACGAAUGGUCAAAUACAUAGUGAUUGUGCUAAUGAAUGUGAUACAUCAUGUGAAUCAUUAACAUGUGAUAAUCAAUGUCGAAAACCAGAUAAAUGUGUACCAGGUUGUAUCUGUCCUGAAAAUAAAGUCAUUGGACCUGAUGGUCAAUGUAUUAAUCGUAAAGAUUGUCCAUGUCGAUUAUCAACUGAUAAUGCAACUUUAGUUAAUGGUGAAAGUAAUAUUCGAGAUCCUUGUAAAACAUAUACAUGUCAAGAUGGUUGUAUUAUAACCAAGGAUAAUAACUGUACAUUAUGUGAAUGGUCACCAUGGACAGCAUUUUCUGAUUGUUCGAAUACAUGUAAUGGUACACAAAGUCGAUUUCGUACAUAUGAUGGACCUAAUUGUCCAGAUAAACGUACGGAAGAAGAUAAACAACUAUGUUCUUCAAAUUGUACAAUUGUAUGUUAUGUAACAAAUUCAAAUGGUUCUAUUGUUACAUAUGAUGUUGGUGAUCUUAUUGAAGAAACACCUUGUAAUCGAACAGUUUGCCGUGAAACAGGUUCAGUUGAAACUCAACCAAUUGAUGGAACAGAUAUUGAUGGUCAAUGGAAUUUAUGGGCACCAUGGAGUGAAUGUAGUCAAACAUGUAAUGGAACUCGUACACGUUAUCGAUUAUGUACAUCACCAGCACCACAAUGUAAUGGAGAGAUUUGUAAGAAAUUACCUAAUACACAAAUCAAUACUGUUAAAGUUGGCAAUAAUUCAGCAGUUAUUGAAGAAGUUGAACAUGAAAAAUGUAAUCAACUUUGCUUUAGUACUACAACACCUGUUUCUACAACUAUUACAACUCCUCAUGAAGAAUGUCUUAUGUCUAAUGGAACAAAUAUUAUUACUUUACCCCCACAACAAAUUAUUUCUAAUCCAACAAAUUCAUGUGAAAUAUGUGCAUGUAAACAUGGUGUAGUAUCAUGUUCAACAAUUUGUUCUGAAAAUAAACAAACAUGUUUAUCUAAACAAUCUCAAGAUAAAGAUAAUAUUUAUACAUGGAUACCACCUCAAUCUGGAGAAUGUUGUGGUACAUGUAACAAGACAAAAGUUGAAAGUAAAUGUCGUGUUGAAAUAUUAAAAGAUGAAUAUAUUCAUGCUGGUACAUGCAUAUCAAUGAUACCUGUUGGUCGUGAACAAUGUACUGGUGGUUGUGAUUCUCAAGCAAGUAAUGAGUUAACAAUAGAAAAGACGUCUUAUCAAUUGGGUAAUUCAACAUGUCGAUGUUGUGCACCAAAAGAAACUUAUACGCAAACAAUUUCAAUGGAUUGUCAAGCAGUAGGUAAGCAACGAUACGUUGUGUCAGCUACAUAUACACGUAUUCGAUCAUGCGAAUGUCACGCUUGUGUUGGUAAACGUUAA